AUAAACGCAAGGUGACCUCCAUGCCACUUGCCACAAGCUGCGCCGCGCUGAAGCAGGACAUGGGUUCCAGGGCUGAAUGUGUGGUGCUGUUGCUGGUGACAGCUCUGGUGGCGGAGGACGUUCAGGCAAUCACCCGCCAGGACGUGCGUGACUUCUUGGGUAACCGCGCUUUUAUGAGUAGUUUAUUUUCCUGUCUGAUGAAUUACUGGCGAUGCAGCUACAUCACACAGAAAAUAAAAGACAAUGCACACGACGCGUUGCAUGGUCGGUGCCGCGGCUGCUCGCGUGACGAGCGGAACCUCAUGAUGUGGACUAUCAAGAUGGCUCGCCGCAGUUACCCGAAAGAGUUCCGGAAGGUGUGGUGCCGAUACUACUAGCGGGUAGUAUCUCGUACGAAGAUGACGCAAUCACCACGAGUUAUUAUCUUGUGUUACCUGAAAGACCAAACUUACCACCUUACGCGGGUACAAUGACAGAGAUGGAAAGUGUAAACGCCUUACGCCUUACGCGUGUAUAGUGACAGAGAUGGAAAGUGUUACAGCAUAUAGAGCCUUCCCAACAUUUGUCAAAAUUUGCGGAGAGGUUCAUCGUACAGGACUAAUAAAAGACUAAACAUUCUUUUCUUUCGAAAAUGAUUGUCUUUAACAUCAGCAUCAUGUGUGACACCACUGGCACGAAUACACUUUCUUGGUGUUUUAUCACAGAAGCAAAUAGCGUCUGAAUUUCAUCUUGCCUGAAUCACACUCUACGUCAGUUCAUCAGUAUUUCAGAUCAGAACCUGGUAUGAAAGUUUACAUUUUCUAUCCCAUCUCAAACAUGCCUUACGGGUAAUAAAUUGGGAGCAUUGGUAGGCCAGUCAAGGACCCGUACGAAGUAUUUCCGGUGUAAAUUACACUGCGGUGCCUCGUGCACUGGCCACAAAAUGUAUGAAGCAAAGUUUUAUCUUUCUCAUCAAGUACUGGCUAGCAUUAGGCCUCCCUUUACCGACUGCCAGAUCCAUUCUUUCCUCACCAUGACUCCAGGAGUCUACCAUUCCCGAGGCACUGUUCUCAACUAUCGCUGCUUCCUUUGACAUUUCACGAGGUUGUAAACGGACACAAUGGAACCAAUCCAUACGCCACAAACAGGAUCGAGACUCGUCGCUGAAGAACAAAGACUGUCUGUCGGUGUUCCAUUUGAAGAUGGCUUCACACAUGUAAGUUUUUGUCAUAUCUAGGCAGUGCUAAACGACGUCUACAGUUGAUAUCUCAACGCAUCUUCCAUUAAUGUCUGACGGUGGGUUCCUGGUGACAUUCUGGUUGUAAACUUCGACGGAUAUCACUCCUCUGCUCUUGAAAGCCAGUCCAGCAAUUAUACGAUAUACUCGUGCUGUGGUUCUUGUGGAAUGGACUGUGGAUGUCCACACCGUACUGUUGCCCUCAGCUUAUUUCGUCAGCACUCUUUCUAGAGUCAUUACACAACAGCCAACUGUCUCCGCGACCUGUCACUUUGAUGUUCCCAUGUCUCUUGUGCCCAUAAUUGCAACCUUCUCAGAGCCUGAAAUUUGGCAAUUAGUUGUGCACGUCCUCCGGGCGUGCUGUGUUGCAAUCCUUAGUUGAAACGUUUCUGUAACAUGGACACGCCCUACGACCACCAUGGAGUCACACCAUUCUUCAGCUGUAGGAAACGGUUCAACUGUCUUUGAAACACUGAAAACAGUUGUGCAAAGGGUGAAUGUCUAUUGAACAUACCUCACAGACCUGAAAAUACUGUCGUAUCUGCUUUGGUAGUGUUCACACAAGGUAUUCAUAAGAUAACGCUUUCCUUUUCCGUCAACGUUGUUUUUAUAGAGCAAAAGCUUGGAAACCAAAACAUGAUGAAUGUUUUCUUAUAACUGAGAUAUUUUGUUACAUUUUUUUGUUAGUGUGGUCACUGAUAUACCGCGAAAGAAAAGAAGGACAAAAGGAACUACUGUCUGCUAUUGUUGGACAAAAACCGGAUAAUUUUUUCUACAUGUAUGUCCUGUUCAAUGGACUUUUAUCUACUUGUCAGCAUCUGCUGCUGAAAGAACUUUUGUAACGUUAGUAUAGAUGAAAACGGUUUGCAGUCAUAUUAAAUAUUUUUUUACAUUUAGCACUGAUAAUGAAACGUAGUCUUAAUUUUGCCCAUCACCUAAUGUUACCUAGUAUAAUUUACACAUGGGCAAGAGGAGAGGAAAGCAAGCUGUCUUAAUAACAGAAUCGUUUCUUGUGUAGUAAUUUCGUUGUGUGUGUGUAUAAAACUGCACAGAAGUAUACAUUACAUUGUCAGUGAUAUAGUACAGAACUAACUGAUACAGAAUGUAAUGAUCUUACUAGUGUGCCGUGUUCUUACUGUACUCCAUCUAAUAACAGGAU